UGCGCCCCCCUGCCCCCCUGCAGGCGUGCCCCAGCGGCUCCGUGCCCUUCCGGGCCAUGCAGUGUGCCCUGUACGACUCCAAGCCCAUCCUGGGCAAGCCGGCGCGGUACCAGUGGGUCCCCUUCCACGGCGCUCCCAACCGCUGCGACCUGAACUGCCUGGCCGCGGGGCACAACUUCUACCACACCUUCGGCAGGGUGCUGGACGGCACCCGCUGCGGCCCGCACGGCCCGGGGCUCUGCAUCAGCGGGCAGUGCCUGACAGCGGGCUGCGACGGGAUCCUGGGCUCCGGCGCCCGGCCCGACGCCUGCGGGCGCUGCGGCGGCAGGAACGAGUCGUGCGUGCUGGUGCAGCGGGUCUUCCGGGCCGCGCUCCCCCCCUCCGGUGAUUGAUUGCCCAGCGGUGAAUGCUCUGGCUCUUG